AUGGCUUCUUCUCUGGAACAGCUGAAGGCCUCUGGCACGGUCGUUGUCAGUGACUCUGGUGACUUUGCUUCCAUCGCCAAGUACAAGCCCCAGGAUGCCACCACCAACCCAUCCUUGAUCCUGGCCGCGGCCAAGAAGGCCGAGUACGCCCCGUUGAUCGAUGCCGCCGUCGCCUACGGCAAGAAGCACAGCGGCUCUGUCGACGAGCAGGUCGAUGCUGCCCUGGACGCCCUUCUGGUCGAGUUCGGCCGCGAGAUCCUCAAGAUCGUCCCCGGCCGCGUGUCCACCGAGGUCGACGCCCGCUUUUCUUUCGACACCAAGGCGUCAGUCGACAAGGCCCUGCACAUCAUUGACCUGUACAAGGAGCAGGGCAUCUCCAAGGACCGCAUCCUGAUCAAGAUCGCCUCCACUUGGGAGGGCAUCAAGGCAUCCGAGAUCCUGCAGCGCGACCACGGCAUCAACACAAACCUCACCCUGCUCUUUUCGCAGACACAGGCUAUUGCCGCCGCCGAGGCCGGUGCCUUUUUGAUCUCCCCCUUUGUCGGCCGCAUCCUGGACUGGUUCAAGGCCAGCACCAAGAAGGCUUACACCAAGGACGACGACCCGGGCGUUUCUUCCGUCAAGGCCAUCUACAACUACUACAAGAAGCACGGCUACAAGACCAUCGUCAUGGGCGCGUCGUUCCGCAACACCGGCGAGAUCACCGAGCUGGCCGGCUGCGACUACCUGACCAUCUCGCCCUCUCUGCUGGAGGAGCUGCUCAACUCGACCGAGGCCGUGCCCAAGAAGCUGGACGCUGCUGUCGCUGCCACUCUCGACAUCCCCAAGAAGUCCUACAUCAACGACGAGGCCUUGUUCCGCUUCGACUUCAACGAGGACCAGAUGGCCGUCGAGAAGCUGCGCGAGGGCAUCAGCAAGUUUGCUGCCGACGCUAUCACCCUCAAGGACAUCCUCAAGGCCAAGAUUGCCGCAUAA